AUGACAGACACAGACGAGUCGUCGCAAUUCGACGAAGAGUCUUACCCCUCGGACGGGUCUCUGGACUACGACAGCGAGGACCAGGACAUGGAAGACUCGCAGUUUUGGGAAGAAGAUGAGGAAAUGGAGCCCUCAAGCGACAACUUUGGCGCCAUGUCUCACAGCGAGGCCAUCCAAGUCGACCACACGGCUCUGGCUGCCAGCAGUCAACGGGUGCUGGAACCCGAAGAUCUCCUCAAGGGCCAGGCAGCCGACGUGGCACGUGUUUCGGAACUCACGGCUCUGGAACCGUGGCGAGCAGAGCUGCUGCUAUGGAAAGAUGACUGGAAGGUGGACCAUGUGAUCACAAAGUACCUGGAGCAAGGCGAAAAGGUGCUGCGAGAAGCUGGCAUGUUAAGUGACGAUCCUGUGGAGUUUGUCAUUUCUAAGCCUAGGCCCGAUUUCAUGUGCUUUCUGUGCUGCGACGAAGACAAGGCUACGUCAUUCAAGCUGGCUUGUGGUCACGAAUGUUGCACUGAAUGCUACUCUCAUUACCUGCGUGGAAAGAUUCAGGAAAACGGCUCGCUGGAUAUCACCUGUCCCAUGAACUGCAAAGAGAUUGUACCCAAGCCUGCCGUCAUGCUUCUGACUGACAAAAAGCUGCAAGCCAAGUAUCAAUCCACUCUGUGCACCCGGUAUGUUCGUGCCCACAAUGACAUGAAAUGGUGUCCCGCGCCAGACUGUGGCAAGGCCGUCAAGGCCAACAUCUCCGUCACAGAUGAAUCCGUCAUCCCCAUUGCAGAGUGCAACUGUCACCAACAAUUUUGUCUUGCCUGCAAUAUUGACGAAGACCAUCUACCAUGUCCUUGUAAGGUUGCAGCUCGAUGGCUCGAAAAGCUGCGGGAUGAGUCUGAAACCAUGACGUGGAUGUCUGUCAACACAAAGCCCUGUCCCAAGUGCACUAAUCCCAUUGAGAAGAAUGGAGGAUGCAACCACAUCAACUGUACUCAGUGUGGCAACCACUUUUGCUGGGUGUGUUUAGGAGACUGGGCCAAACAUGGCUCCUCAAACUAUCAGUGCAACAUGUACUCUCCCGAGCAGGCCGAGGAGGAUCAGAAGAGCGUCAAUGCUAAGCGAGAACAGCUUGACAGAUAUAUGUUCUUUUACACGCGGUACAACAAUCAUCGAGACAGUGCCAAGCUGGACGAAAAGACGUACAAGAACAUUACUAAGACAAUGGAGACGCUGCAGAAGGAAGGCAAAAUGACAUGGCUGGAGUCGCGGUUCCUGCCAUCGUCGUUCGAGAUUCUCAGACAGUCUCGGCAGACGUUGCUGUGGACCUAUGCGUUUGCAUUUUUCUUGGACGCCCAGCCGGAGCGGGAAAUCUUCCUCAAGAACCAGGAGGAUCUUGAGCUGCACACCGAGGGGCUGUCAGAGCUGUUUGAGUACAAGUGGGACAGGAUUCCGGGAGCCAAGGUCAACUUUCUGGACAAGUGCUCGUACCUCAAGUCCCGACGUCAGAAGCUUGUCGAGCAUGUCAUGAAGGGUAUGGAGGAGCGCAACUGGAAGUUUUUGAACUGA